GGCGCUGAUCGAGUUUCGUCGUAUAAAAGAGGAAGGCGUGGGGCACGCUGUUUAUUCCACUCUCGUUUUGUUUACGUUCCACUACUUUUCCGACGUUUUUAAAAUGUUAAGUACCGGUAACAUCGUUAGACAAGUCGGUUCUCUGUGUCGAUGCGCUAUUGAACGUCAGACAGCGAUUGGUGCAGUUGCUUGGCAAAGAGAGAUCGGUACCAAUGUGACCGGAACGAAUAACUCCACAACACCUUUGCCGAAAGUCAUCCAAAAAGUGAAAACACCACUGGGAAAACUUGAUCAACAGACUGCCAAACACAAGAAGAACGGUGAAUGCGAUCCGUUUGCACCCUUUCCCAACCAUACCAAUCCCGUGACCGGAGAAAUAGGAGGUCCCACCGGACCCGAACCCACAAGAUACGGAGAUUGGGAGAGAAAAGGAAGAGUUUCGGAUUUCUGAAUUUUAUUGCGGAUGAUGGACUUAAAAUGCGCACUGUAUGCUACGAACAUUUCAUUUUAUUAUAAGUCAUUUUGUCGACUAGCUACGUCGUAAGUGGUUAUCUUUAAAGGCAAGUUUGUAUUAUGAAAGAAAUCUCUUUCAUUUGUUGUAAAUGAGCUGUACAUAUUUAUAAUUUUUUUUGUUUAUUUUUUUGCUGUGAAAAUAAAUUAUAUAUUCUUAAAUCUUUCCUUUAAUAAAAGAAAAAUUAGAAUUACAGAAGAACUAAAUCGUUUACCUAUGGCUAAAGUAAAAACUAUUUGUAUGACUGAGGUUUUUGUGGAAAACUGAGAAAUGUAAAUAAAGUUUUUAAUAUAUUCUAUUGGGCAAGACACACAAAUACUGUCCAUAACAUAUACAAUGUAGUAAUUUCUAUUUGAAUCAGAUUUCCAUUGAUAUUAAUUCAUUUCCUUACACCAGAAGACUAUUGCAUUUAUCAAUUUAGCCCAUGUGACUGUGUCAGCUUUUAGUAGCCUACUUGACUACUCGUGGAGUACUUGAUGUUAUGUAGUUUUAGGGGGUGAGGUGCAUGUCUACAUGCUUUGCAUGUAGAAUAGGUGGUAGACUGAUAUGUGUUAAAAACUGACUUUCUGAAAUGAAUAUCACCCAAAGGAUCACAAUUCUGGGGUGGUGUGAAACUUCUUAUUCAUGGCUUGAAUCGUACCUGUUCAUGUACAUAUUGGCUGGCGACCUAUUAACCGAAAAUUACCAAAAAUGAAAACACUACAACUAUAGCAAAAAAUCAAAUGAGAACUUUUUUCCUGUGUUAAUGAGGAUAUUCUAUUCCUUGUGACACCGAUUUUAAAUCUGUUUGAAAUGUGAUUUUUUAUUUUCUUAAGAAAAUCCCAUGUGUACUCUAUGGAUUAAUGUAAGGUUUGUGGUGGUGUUUGAGGUAAUGGGAGAUGUACAAUGACCACAGUGUGGUCCAAGCUGGAUAGUUGUCCCACACAAUGUAAUAGUUGGAAAUAGUCUUCCAAAUGUUGAUGUAUUGAAGGAAAAUUUGUCCGCUAAUGUGAGUAUACUGAUCCAUUAUGCCGUGGAUGAGGUGCAGAGAACACAUUCGUGUUGCACUCGUAUACCUUAAAACAAGCACUGAUCGUCCACCAUAUGGACAUCUGAGGGGGUCAAACAGGGUACUUGCCCUCCCCUGGAAUUGAAUAAAAAAUUCCACAAAUUUUAUUUGUAAUAGUAGUUGAGAUAUAUAACCUUACACCCUUGACCUUGAUACUGUGCAAUACAUUAUUGGUGAUAUUUUCCAGUUCGGUAACAAUCUUUGAAGCACUUGUCUUAGGAAUUGUCUUGACUUUCCUUACUGUGACGUUCAUAUUGUGAUGACUUAAACCAAGAAACUGAAAUCUCAUAAUUUUAUUAGAAAAGUCUGCUGCUAUUUGCAUACUUGUCUAUGAUUGAACAGUUGAACAGAAUCUUCUCACAAUUUGGCAAUUUCACUUAUUACCAAAGUUUACAAUUAUUUUUCAUUCUUCCAGAGUUGUUUUUCUUUUGUGGCCCAACUAUAAAUAGCCUCCCUAUGAUGUAACACUAUAUGGCAUUAAGACUUAAUAAUAUCUAGUUGAUUAACCAAACUUUUGUACUCAUCAAUAAUAUAGCAUUUGACAUUUAUGAAUAUUUUUUGUGUGCAAAUAUUGAGCCUAAAAUUAUUUGUUUUAUCAUCUCAGAAAUAUGUAACAGUAAAUUUUAAUAAUUGCAACUCAAAAUAUUCUGUUGUGAAGUACAUAAAAUUAGUCACAUCAAAAUGAGUGGCUAAUUUAUGAUCAAAAUGCUUUAAAUAAAUUGGGGACUGAAAUGUUAAAUAUAAAAGUUCAAAU